UACAUUCCAUCCCUCUACGUCCCUAAAAUGGCAGCCUCUCCUACGAUAGGCGAAAUCGUAUCCCUAUCUCGAGCCCAAUUGCCAAGCCCCAAGACAAGAUUACAAGGCCGGACCGUGACUCUCGAGAGACUCGGCCUGCAACAUGCCCCCGACCUCUUCGCCGUGAUCGGCGGGACCGAGCCAUCCAACACAUCUCUAUGGGACUUCAUGCCCGAUGGCCCAUAUCCCGACUACGAAGAAUUCGCAGCUACUAUAUCGCUUCGCGCCGAAAGCACUGACCCAUUAUUCUUCGCCGUCAUAGACACCAACAACACGACUGCCCACCGCGGCAAGGCAGUCGGCUAUCUAACCCUGAUGCGCAUCACGCCCGACCAUCUGUUCCUCGAAAUCGGCCACGUGAUGUUCUCCGCCGCGCUGCAGCGCACGACGGGCGUCACGGAAGCCGUCUAUCUCCUGGCGGAGCACGCAUUCCACGACCUCGGCUACCGCCGCGUGGAGUGGAAGUGCAAUGCGCUGCAUGUACGGUCGCGGCGUGCGGCGGAAAGGUUGGGCUUCGUGUAUGAGGGCACGUUCAGGCAGCAUAUGGUUGUUAAGGGGCGGAAUCGCGAUACGGCUUGGUUGGCGAUUCUGCGGGACGAUUGGGAGAGGCGGGAGAAGGGCGUGUUGGAGAAGUGGUUGGAUGAGGGGAAUUUUGAACAAGGUGCGCAGAAGAAGAGCUUGGAUGAGAUGCGGGCGGAUUGGGGUUCGUGAUGUCUUUCACUUACUGCCAGCUCAGGAUUGCUUGUUGCGUGGCGGGUUCGUCGCCCCUUUGGUUAUGUCAUGGAGCUGUACAUUGUCAUACUUACAUGUCCACACAUCUAUAUAUUUACAGCGCAAUAGAGCAGGUUAUAACAACCCCCCACCAAUCGCCCCCAAAUGC